AUGCCACUCGAACGCUCAACAGACCCUUUGGUCUGGAUCGACUGCGAGAUGACAGGCCUAAACCCGGAAACCGACAAGAUCCUCCAGAUCUGCUGUUUCAUCACAGAUGCCCAACUAAACCUCCUGGAACCGACCGGCUUCGAAACAGUCAUCCAUGUCCCAGACUCCACCCUCGACGCGAUGUCGCAGUGGUGCAUCGACACCCACGGCCGCACGGGCCUCACCGCCGCCGUUCGCGCCUCGACCACCUCCCCCUCCACCGCCGCAGACUCUCUCCUUGCCUACAUCCGCCAGCACGUCCCGACCCCACGCACUGCCCUGCUCGCGGGAAAUAGUGUUCACGCUGAUAAGGCUUUCCUUGCUUGUGCGCCGUACUCGCAGGUGCUGGAUCACCUGCAUUAUCGCAUUCUGGAUGUUAGUUCGUUGAAGGAGGCGGCACGGAGGUGGGGGAGUGAUCAACUGCUUGAGCAAGUCCCGCGUAAGCGGGAAGUUCAUCUUGCUAGGGAUGAUAUCCUUGAAAGUAUUGAGGAAAUCCGGUUUUACAAGGAGAAGCUGUUUGGGUGA